UUCCGUUUCCAGGCUCCGGUGAAGGAGGAUCCCCCCCAUGGCCUUUGCUCCCCCCAAAUUCCCGGCUGGCUCCCAGCUCCGCCUGAGCUCCUGGACCCCCCUCAACCACCGGCUCAUCAACGACAAGGUAUUUGAAGAAAGAAGAGCCCUGCUUGGAAAAUGGUUUGACAAGUGGACAGAUGGCCAGAGGAGGAAGAUCCUGGUGGACCUGCUGGAACGCUGCUCCCUGUCCCAGCAGAAAUUCUGUGCCAAGCAGCUCCAGGCCCGAGUCCCCACCGAGGCCGUCGAUUUUACCACGAGGCUCCCUCGAGUCCUGUCCUUGUACAUCUUUUCUUUCCUGGAUCCGCGGAGCCUCUGUCGAUGUGCACAGGUGAGCUGGCACUGGAAGUACCUGUCGGAGCUGGACCAGCUGUGGAUGCUGAAGUGCCUGCGUUUCGGGUGGCUGCUCAACUUCUGCCCCACGCCCUUGGAGCAGGGCGUCUGGAAGAGACACUACGUCCAGAUGGUGAAGGAGCUGCGCCUCACCAGGCCCCAGACUCCUUCCAAGGACGAGUUCAUCGUUAUCGACGUGCAGCCGGUACAAAGCAACGUCCCAGAGAGGAAACCUUCUGUGGCAGGACUGGGGACAAGCAGGGGGAAAAAGGAGCUCCCUCCCUGGCGCUCCUCCGACAGGAACCCCACGGACACCAUCCGCUACAACUACCUGGACAACUGGGACCCCAUCGAGCAGGCCAGGCAGGCGAGGAGGAAGGGAGGAGGGCACACCCCGGACCUGAGCAGGCAGGCGGCCGAGAGGAAGAAGAGAGGAGGUCGUGGAUCCACUCAGCUGCGGAAGGUGACAUCCCUGUCCUCCCUCCCUGCAGCCCCCGAGCCCGUCCCAAAGCCCCCGCUCCGUCCCGGCUGGGCCCGGCCUGCCGGGAGCGGGGCCCGUCCCGCCGGGGCGCUGGCCCGGAGCUCCCGCUGGAACGGCACCAUCCGCCCGGGACCCGCCCGAGCGCCAGGGCUGCGGCACCGGGGAGCCGGAGACGGCACCGGGGGGGACGCCAGGAGCCCGUCACCUCCUCGGUUUGAGGCUCAGCCCUGGCACAUCCCUUCAUCCAACCAAGGAUCCGACACGGAAUGAGGGAGGAUCCACAGCACAAAAAUUUAUCCCCCUGGCACUGGGGAAAUGAAGGAAAGUUCCUGCUGGUUUGGGAUCUGAACCUGUCUUCCUGCAGCUGGUGCUACAUUCCCUUUUCCUUUUCCUGGAAUUUUGACCUUGGAGAAGCUUCCUUAGAUCCUGGAGCUGCUUGGAUCUCGUGGGAGGUUUCCUGUGGAUCAUUUCCUGGGGCACAUCCCGUGGAAAACUUGGAGGAAGAAUUCCUUUCUCACGUUAAAGCAAUUCCAUCUUUUCCGUUGUGGCAGUGAGAAGGAAAUCGAAUCCAACGCUCUGGAUUUGCACGUGGAUCCACAAGGAGCUGGAAUUUAAGAAACUGGGAAUCCCAUGCUCUCUCUCUCUGUCUCAUUGGUCUUCUCUGAAGUUUGGGAAAUUCCCAGAGAAUGCAACAAAGAGCAGUUUUUGAGGAUAAGGGGGUUGAAAGCACAGUGACUUUAAUUUACCCCAGAGAGCUGGGACAAAACUGAACCUUUCCACACAUCAGGAAAGAUCAUGGCAAGCACACGGAUCCUCAGCAUUUAUGGACAAAAAUCACAUUUGAGAGGAAAUUCCAACCACCACUCACAGAGUCACAGAACUAUUAAGGAUGAAAAAGUCCUUUUAGAUCACCACACCCCUGCCCAUUUCCUCAAACCAUGUCCACAGCUUUUCCAGGCGCUCCCAGGAAUUCUGUGGAAUGAAGAUUCCAUCCUUUCCAUGAAGAAAUUCUCCUAAUACCCAACCUGAUCCUCCCCUGGUGCAGCUCAAGGACGUCUCAGUGUGGACUGAGAGGAAACCUCUGCUCUGUGAGCAGAUUAAUCUGUGUCACCCGAGGGUUUCACGGAUUUUGGGAACACCACGGCGUUCCACGGACUGAGAGCACCCAAAUCAUUGAUUUACAACUCACUGCAGUUCCCUCUCCCACACUUUGGGGUUUUUUCCUGGUUUUCCUGGGUGCUUGGAAGGAUGAGUUCAUCCCAAACCAACACAAAGGCCUAAAACCUGACAAAUCUGAGCUGCCACCUCCCAAAAAACCCAGCCAGGAACUUGAAGAUGGGAAUAAUCUCCUGUAACUUCAGAUCUGUUAAUUAUACAGGAAAACGGACUGGUGGAUUUUGAUGAAGAAAGUGAAAUUUAGAGGAUUUAAAGUGAGGUGGAACAAACCAAAGCAUUCACCAGCAUCGUUCCCUGGAAUUGCCAAUGUCUCUUCACCGGCCUUUUUUAAAAUUUUUUCCUCCCAAAAUUCCCUAAACCAGGAAUUUUGGAAACCAAAUUAAACCAAUCACUCCACAGGUGCUUCCUUGGCUUCCUAAAUCCAGGAUUAUUUUUGUUUCCAUUAGGCAGCAGUUGAGGGUCAGCUCCACGUCCCAAACAUGAUAAUUAUGUCACUCAUUUAUCUUUUCCCAUCAAUAUUCCCUGGAAUUGUACAAUUCCCAGGAUCCGAGUGGUCUUGGACAAGCUCUGUGCCUUUACUGAAUCUUAA